CGGCUACCACGGCCCUUGACUGGUGAGAACACUCCUUAACGUCCCGGCCGUUAUUGAUAGAGCGAUGCAGAAUCGCUAUGGUACAUGCUGGCUGACCUGUGACAGACGCUGCUUGCCCACGGAUGGCGACGACGGCUAGAUUUCACUCCCCUCAUGAGCCAGGACCAAGUCCACGUAGAGCGUCAGACAAUAAGGUUGUGGGCUAGCAGCAGUGCUGGGAAAAGCCAAGUCACUUGUACGAAUAUUUCGAGACAGACAGGCCUCCACCAGAUACAUCAGAUACGUCAGAAAAGCAUGGGGAGCAUCACAUAUACAUAUCUGCAAGCAGCAUUUUAUGCAGUUUCAGGCGAUCACAAACAGGAGCAUAAGUUACUAGUGUCAGAUGAGCGAGACUUGGUGUUUAAGUGGUAUUAUUAUUGAUAAUAAUAUUCCUUCCAUACCAUGUCAAACUGAAUAUCAGGUGGGUUUUAUUUGAUACCAAAUUUCCGUAUGAAGUUUAUGCUGACUUGCACAUUAUUAAAUUCCUUCCGGCAGCCCUCCCCCAUGUAUCUUAAGCUUGCCCUAUGACCCAGGUCUGGGGACAUGCGACAGGAGGCCAUGUAAGAUGACAUCAAAAUGCAACGCAUUCUAGAACAUAUUCUUUGCCCUGCGUCUUUUUUUCUUUUCGAUGACUCGCAAUCAUAGCAGGGAGAAAAAGGAAAGCGACGAGCGCUUCCUCUCUUGAGAUUACAUUGAAAUGAAGAUGCGGGUCUAGAUGGGCCUUCAAUAGGGCUGUCCAGUGGACAGAACGAUGAUAAUCGUCAUUUCACACUUCGUCGUAUUCCUUUUUCCCCCUAACUGGGUUAAUUAGGGUGAGGAGGUUUUGACGAGGGUUUUUGGGUAAUAAUGAAGGACUUGAAAAAGGAGAAGUAUUAUGCCCAAUAAGUAAGUCAAAUGGAAUAGAGUGGGAAUUAUUAACAAUAGAACAGCCGAUCAUACUCCAGAGAUACGGUACCAAGAUUCAACAAAACAUGCGGACAACUACGGAGUUAAAAUGAUUCAUGUUCGACAAUAUUACGGCUAUAUUCGAUCUGAACUAUUCGUGGAUCGGUUGAAGUUGUCUCUCCAUCCGAUGUAUAGUUACAAUUCGUCAAUAUCCAGGUAAGACAAAAGGAGUUGUCCCAUUUUUGAACUCCAAGAAUACGUUGGGUAGCACAGACAGGCCUUUCGGGGACCGGAAGAGGGAGAAAACAACAACAACAGGCUAGUAAACGAAGAUGAUCACGAUAGCGCCGUUGACCGAGUCUUCACCAGAGCGACAGCAACUAUUAUACGCCAUAUCCGCGGUGAAAAGGGAUGGGCUUGAGCAGGGCAACGGUGAUUGACAGCGCCCAGUCUGAUAAAGCACGUUGACAGAUGGUUAGGUAAAACGCAUCGUAUCCCCAGGUGGGAUUCUUUACGCACCUCCUUGGAUAGGUUCAAGGCUUUAAGCAUAGCCUAUUGCGGAUCGAGGGGAGUCCCAAAGGGGAAGCAAUCUGAUAGAAUUUCCGCCUAGAACCUGCAUGGAGAGUACUCAACGACAAACAUUCUUGCAUGCAUGCAGACCGCAGCGAAAGUUCGUUGACCGGUUCUCCUUAAUCCUUGCACACCUGAGGGUGAGUACUAAAAGUGGCCAUAAGGCUACCUUGGGCCAAUUAUCUCGCCGAAGAGAGGAUGGUGUGGAUCAAGAAUGUUUACUAAACCUUGACCGGGGUUUGCGGAGCGACGGUGAAGGGGAAGCAGCAGUGAGGAGAGAAAAGAGAGAGGGUGAGGAGAGGAAAGGAGAGUUUGUUACUCCGUAUGAGGGAUACUUUGCGCUUUCUUUUGGAUACCAUCAGAAAGGCUAACUCUCUUUUCCUCCUCCUGCGGAGGAAUACACGGAGUUUCAAGAUCAAAAAGAGAGGCUUCUGCAUAGCCGGGGUUGCACAUUACGUGGGACGACGAAGACGUAUCCAUGCUUUCUUCCUGUUAUUUGUCUUUUACUUUUUUUUUACCCUUUCCUACUAAUCAUUUCUUUUCAGGCCCUUUUUUUUUUUACAGUCAUCAAAUUCGUUAUUCUGUGACGAAAGUUGAUGGAUUGGCAAUAAGAUGGAGAAUCGAAAAAAAAGAAAGAGAAGAAAAAAAAAAAGACGACAAAAGGGGAAAAACAAAGACAAACCAAGAGAGUUCAUGCUUGGGUGUCGAACUUCUCGUCUCUGAUCCAGUAGCCAGUGAGCGCCGGGCCAGUUUCCCCGGAGGACACUCGAUUGGUCUGUUGCUAUUUUGGAUUUGAAACAACCAUCCGUGUCUUUUCAUAGUAAGUAUCCGCGCAUAAGGCUUCGAGUUAAAAAGAUAGGAGGGGGUUGUCACCGUCGCAAUCCCAACUCCAGUCCGUCAGUCGAAGCACCUGGGUCGAAGCCGGAUAACCAAAUCUUACGGGACUACUGCGCAUCUCCAGGACGCUUCGAAGGUGUGGCACAGGGAGAGCGAGAAAGAGAAAGAGAAACAAACAUCAAGGAGGAUGAGAAGGGUCACAACCGACCGAUGGAUUAGCUUGUCCCAUCCGUGCCCCGCCGUCUAAGCCCUACGCAAGAUUUUAAUUUUUAAACUCGAAGGAGACUCCGACACCCGCAUGACGAUGACGAUGAAUGAUAUGGCCCGUAUUUGUUCUUACG